AUGGAAGUCAGCACCGAGAAUGGAUACUUCCACGGGUACGCGAAGAAGUUCCGCCGUGCGCUCGGGAUGAAAGAGUUCGAGCAGUUCGCGGCUCUGACAACGGAUCAGGAACGGUUUCGGUUCGUCAACGAACUCAAGUGGCGCGUUGUGAACGAUCUACCGCUGGAGCGGGUGCAGGACGAGGGCAAAUGUUUGGAAAAAGCGCUGGAGUGCCAGGCGGAGGGUCGCAGGUUGGCGCAGAAUGAAGAUUGGCUCGGUGCGUUGAAAUGCUACAAUCAAUCGUAUCUACUCAUUCCGGAAGAAAAUGCCCACGAAAAAUCACUCCUACUAGACUACCGGGCACAAGUUCUGCUGCAGUUGGGCAAAACCGAUCAUUCGCUCGAGGAUAUUGAUCGCGCCAUCGCCUACGGCUUCCCAAAGGAUCGUUUGUCCGGCCUGUGGGAGCGUAAGGCGCAGAUCUUUCAGUCCAAAAAAGACUUCAAGGCGGCAGUAGAGUGCUACGAUAAAACGGUCCAUUAUCUCAAGCACUGCCCCGUGCUGACGGACACAGAGCGCGAUGCCAAGAUAGCGGAGCUCCAAAAGCUCACCGACACGGUGUACUACCAGUAUAAGAACGUACAGAAGUACCUGGAACCGCCGAAAGGGGACCGCGUGUUUCGACCACAUCUGGAUGGUGGUGUGCUGUACGAGAGUAACGAAACGGACGGUCGGUUUGCCACGGCCCAGACGAACCUACGGCCGAAUCAGUUGAUUCUGAAGGAGAAACCCCACGUGGCGGCACUGGUGAAGGAGUACAGCUUAACGCACUGCUGCCAUUGCUUCGAGCGGAUCGAGAUUCUCUACUGUUGCCCGAACUGUACGGACGUUGUGUUCUGCUCGGGGCGCUGUGAACAGAUCGCCUGUGAAACCUAUCACCGGUACGAGUGUGGAUUCCUGCGAACACUGUGGAAGUCCGGGGCUACCAUCGUCAGCCAUCUGGCGUUGCGAAUAAUCGCCCAGAAACCGUACUCCUACUUCGAGGGAAUAAGGCACGAGCUACCUAACCUGGUGCCCAGUUUGACUGACAAACUUACCAGCGAUGACUAUCGGAAAGUGUUCAACCUGGUUACGCACUCGGACAAGCGUGACCCGGAAGAAUACCUCAUCUGGACGCUGAUGGCAACGAUGCUGAACAGUAUCCUCCGGCAGGGAAACUACACGACCAUCCAACCGGACGAUGGUUUUCUAGGGUACUUGCUGUUACACAACUUGCAAAUUGUCAACUAUAGUGCGCACGACGUCUCGGAAGUGCAGCGUAAGCGGCCGAAUGAGGCAGGAACGUCGGUCGCAAUCGGUGCGGCUCUCUAUCCGAUGCUGGCACUCUUCAACCACUCCUGUGAUCCCGGUAUCGUCCGGUACUUCACCGGCACUACGGUGCAUGUUCGGACGAUCAAGAACAUUGCGGCCGGUUCGAUUAUAGCGGAAAACUAUGGUCCACUGUACACGAAGGCACCGCGAACGGAGCGCCGAGAAUCGUUGGCCAGUAAUUACCGGUUCGAUUGUUGCUGCCAGGCCUGCGAGGCAGACUGGCCGGCGUACGCGGACAUGGAUCAAUCGGUGAUACGCUUUCGCUGCACCGGACCAACCUGCCAGGAGGCACUGCUGUUCGAUCUCAGCUCGGAAUGCUACACCAUGCGGUGUAACGCUUGUGGACAAACGGUCGACAUUAUGGAGCGAAUUAAGUUGCUUCAGGACGCAAAAAUGUUAAACCGAUUCAACGAAGCAAGCCACCUUUAUUCGGUGGGUCUUUUUGAGCACGCACUAUCGAAGUAUGCCGCGAUCAUGGCUAUUAUGGACCAAAUACUAAUGCCACCGUACCGGGACUAUCACCUCUGCCAGCAAGGGAUACGCCGCUGUUGCCUGGACCUGGGCAGUUGCUACGUGGAAUGUCCUAACACCGAAAAGUAACAAAAACUUGCGAACUGUCUAUCAAGAUUGGUUUGUUUACCUUUGCAUACACGAUCUCUCGAAGGUACAAUGUAAUCUAUGCGCCUCGCAUCCAUUCAUUCUGCGCAAUGGAUCACGUUGCGUUCUC